CGAAUGGAUAUCAUGUCGCGCAGAGACAACCAAGAACAACAGGACAAGGAAGCUACUACUACUGUGUCUCACCAAUGCGGUGGAUAAUGUAGCCGAUAUCAACAAGGCGAAACUGACCUGCGUACUUUGAUCCAACCCGCGAGGAUCCGUAGAAGGCUUUGCCUCGAGAGGCGAUGAUACUGAUGACCUCAGCCGGAAUAAUCCCGGUAUAAUCUCGUAAAGUGAAGGGAGGAUGACAAAUGACUAUUUGCCCAUUUGUCCUUUGGCUCAUUGAAGAGGCAGAGAAAGAUGAAGAUGGAGCUGGAUAAGAGCCAUCAUAUCACCGUGACCUUGUCCCAAGUAUAUGAAUCAGAGAUCUCUGCGGGUAAUUCCGGCCUGUCACACAAGCAACUUGCGCGCAUGAGGCAGGUGAAAUCGGAAACGUGGCUGGGUCGGGUGCGGCUCACCAGAGGGAGCAGACGGAGGAAGGACGGCGCAACCGGGACGACAAAGCCUGCCACCAUCGGGGUUCUGGCCUUCGAGGUGGGGCGGUACAUGUCCAAGGUCGCCCAGCUGUGGCACGCCCUCAGCGACGACCACGUCGGCCGGAUGCGCGAGGAGGUCCUCCGCCUUGAGGGCGUCCGGAAGCUCGUUUCCGACGACGAAGGGUUCCUCCUCGCGCUCGCCCUCGCCGAGAUGACCGACGUCCUCGGGUCCCUCGCCCGCUCGGUGGCCUGCCUCGCGUGGAGGUGCUCCGACCCUGUGCUGCUGCGGUUCGACGCCGAGUUCGUGAACCUGGUACAGAACGGCGAUGACCCCUUCGGCUUUGAGUACGCCGGGCGGAAGAUGGAGCGCAAAGUGAAGAAGAUGGAGAAGUUCGUCGCGACGGGCACGAACCUAUACCAGGAGCUCGAGUUGCAGGCGGAGCUUCAGCAGGGGCUGCGGCGGAUGCUGGCCAACCCCGAUGCCUGCCGCCCUCAGGACAGCGUCACCUGUUUCCGGAAUAAGGUGGUGAGGCACCGGCAACAGCUGAAGCACCUGCGCGAGACUUCCCUGUGGGUUCGGACCUACGAUUACGUUGUCCGGCUGCUGGCCCGGUCCCUCUUCUCGAUCAUCGGAAGGAUGCGACUAGUGUUCGGAUUCCGGAAGUUCAAUAUGACGCCAUUGCUUCUCAACAGAGCUGCUGAAGCAAGCCCAGAGGCUAACCCACAAGGCAGCAAUAGCACGGUGAACAUGAAUCUUUCAUCGUCUAUGAUCGAUCCCAGGUCUCAGCCACAAAAUGCUCCGGCCUCCACCCUCGGCGCUGCAGCGCUAGCGCUGCACUACGCAAAUGUGAUCGUCCUGAUCGAGAAGCUUGCGACGUCUGCCCAUUUGAUGGACGCAGAUGCGAGGGAUGAUCUCUACAGCAUGUUAACCACAAGCAUAAAAGCAGCGCUCAGAGACAGGCUGGAACCCUACGGGAAGAACUUGGCACCACCAGCUCGCAAUCCCGCCCUCGCGGCCGAGUGGACUGCGACGGUGACAGGGAUGUUGGAACGGCUGGCGCCGCUCGCUCACAACAUGAUCCGGUGGCAGUCUGACCGGAGCUUCGAGCAGCAGAGUUCGGUUCCAAGCUCCGGCAUUCUUCUGCUACAGACACUUUACUUUGCAGACCAGAAGAAGGCAGAGGAUGCCAUUACUGAACUGCUUGUUGGUUUGACCUAUUUAUGGAGAUACCGGCUUAUUUAUUAGAACA